AUGGAAGAAGUUGGACAGAACCCAUUGUAUGAUGAGAAUAAUGAAAGCAUUCAGUACAGCAACCAUUAUGGGGAGGGUUCCGGCAAUCCAAAGACAAAAGAGAACCUUGACUACCUGAGCUUAGACCUUGAAAAGGACUCACAGAGACUGGAUGAGGCAAAUGAGGUUCCUCUUAGAAAAAAUUCAAAAGAAAACAAAAACUAUUCCACUCUGGAAAGAGAGAACACCCUGUCAAUAGAACAAGCCAACGAGCAGGACAAGUUGAACCAUCUCAUAUCUAAGCAGGAGGAAACCCUGAUAGACCUGAAAUCAGAGGCAACAAAGUGGUAAGAUAAGAAUAAGAUCCUGUGCAGGAAUGUGAUGAAGCUUCAGAAAAGGAUUUCAAGGAGAUUAAAAAAUGUCAGCCUUGAAAAAGGAACCCUAAAGCAGAUCCUGGCAGAAGUGAAGGUGAGACUACAAAAGUCAGCAGAGUCCUGUACAAAGAAAGAGAAGCAGCUGAUCAAGACAGAGAGUGACUAUACAUCUGUGUAUCAGCUCUGUGAAGACCAGGCCCGCUACAUAAAGAAAUACCAGGAAAUUCUGAGGCAUAUAGAAAAGGAAAAGGAGGUUCUGCUUCUUGAUAAAGAAAUAUACAAAGCCCAGAAUAACUUUCCUCAAGUAGUGAAACGUGGGUCCAUUCUGCUAGAGCUCUCCAAAGCAGCAUGGUAAAAACCCGCCAUCAAGAAACCAAAGAGACUCUUUUGGCACAGGCAUUUCCUGUGGCUUGUCUUCAUGGCCAUGAUCUUCAUUGUGCUGCUGGAUUAUGUGUUUUUCCACCGGCAGGACAUAAACCGAGACCUUCCUGUGGAUGCCCUGCCCAGGGUACUGAGCAGGGGCGCCUGGAAGAGGCUGAGGGACAUCUUAUUUCCCUUCCUUACUCUCGAGGUGGAAGAAGCUCAACCAUACUAG